GCGGCGGGCGGCGGCGCUGCACCGCGCUGGGCGGCCGCCUCCUCCUGCCGCGGGUGCCGGGCCGCGCCGGGCCGCGGGCGAUGCUAUGAGGCCGGGCGGGAGCCGCGGCGGGGCCAGCGCCGCGCACCGGCAGCCGCGCUCGUGCAUGGCCGCUCGGCCGCUGUAGCGGCGGCGGCUCCCCGGGGCGCCAUCCGCCGCCUCCCCUCCCCCCCGGGCCUCCCGAGGAGGAUGGCGGCGGCCGCCCCGACCCAGCUGGAAGCCGAGCUCUACUACCUGAUCGCCCGGUUCCUGCAGUCCGGACCCUGCAAGAAAUCCGCCCAGGUGCUGGUGGAGGAGCUGGAGGAGCACCAGCUGAUCCCGCAGCGCCUGGACUGGCAGGGCAAGGAGCACCGCCGCAGCUUCGAGGACCUGGUGGCUGUCAAUGCACACAUCCCUCCGGAUUAUCUUCUUAGAAUCUGUGAGAGGCUGGGACCCCUUUUAGACAAGGAGAUCCCACAGAGUGUCCUAGGUGUGCAGACGCUGCUGGGUGUCGGGCGCCAGUCUCUACUAAGGGCAGCGAAAGACUUCAGACAUACACUAUGGAAAGGAUCUGCGUUCGCAGCUCUUCACAGAGGCCGGCCUCCCGAACUACCUGUAAAUUAUGGGAAACCACCAAAUGUGGUACAUAUAAUUUCUGCCAGGCAGUUAACUGGAUGCGGACGCUUCAGCCACUUGUUCCCAACAUCCACCUACCAACACAUGAAAAUGCAUAAGAGGAUUCUGGGCCAUCUCUCAUCUGUUUACUGUAUUGCCUUUGAUCGCAGUGGGAGAAGGAUCUUUACAGGGUCAGAUGAUUGUUUGGUCAAAAUCUGGGCUACAGAUGAUGGGCGCCUGCUCUCCACAUUGCGAGGACACUCUGCUGAGAUCUCUGACAUGGCUGUUAACUAUGAGAACACUCUGCUUGCUGCCGGCAGUUGUGAUAAAGUAGUCCGAGUGUGGUGUCUUCGAACCUGUGCCCCAGUCGCAGUGCUGCAGGGCCAUUCAGCUUCCAUUACUUCCAUACAGUUCUCUCCAGCAAGGAAAGGAACAACGCGAUACCUCACUUCUACUGGUGCUGAUGGAACAAUCUGUUUCUGGCAGUGGCACGCUAACACCAUGAAAUUUAAGGAUCGUCCUGUAAAAUUUGCAGAGCGGUCCAGGCCUGGUGUCCAGAUCUCUUGUUCGUCGUUCAGUUCCGGUGGCAUGUUCAUCGCAACAGGUAGUACUGACCACAUGAUAAGAAUUUAUUAUUUGGGCUCGGAAUCUCCAGAGAAAAUGGCUGAGUUGGAAUCUCAUACGGACAAAGUGGUCGCAGUCCAGUUCUGUAACAAUGGCGAUAGCUUAAGAUUCGUCAGUGGAAGCAGAGAUGGAACCGCAAGAGUAUGGCACUAUCAGCAGCAAGAUUGGAAGAGCGUAGUCCUGGAUAUGGCUACUAAAAUGACAGGAAACAACGUAGCAUCCGGCGAGGACAAGGUGACUAAGCUGAAGGUCACUAUGGUGGCUUGGGAUAGAUACGAUGCCACUGUCAUCACUGCAGUCAACAAUUUCCUUCUCAAAGUGUGGAACUCAUCCACAGGGCAGCUUCUUCAUAGCUUAUCUGGCCACGAUGAUGAAGUUUUUGUUCUGGAAGCCCAUCCGUUUGACCAAAGGAUUGUAUUGUCUGCGGGUCACGAUGGAAAUAUUUUUGUUUGGGAUAUAGACAAAGGAACAAAAAUUCGCAAUUACUUUAACAUGAUCGAGGGCCAGGGCCACGGAGCUGUUUUUGAUUGCAAAUUCUCACCAGAUGGACAGCAUUUUGCCUGCACAGACUCUCAUGGACAUCUGCUGCUAUUUGGUUUUGGAUGCAAUAAAUACUAUGAAAAGAUUCCAGAUCAGAUGUUCUUCCAUACGGAUUACCGACCACUGAUCCGUGAUGCAAAUAACUACGUGUUGGAUGAACAGACUCAACAGGCUCCACAUCUUAUGCCUCCUCCAUUCUUGGUGGAUGUUGAUGGAAAUCCUCAUCCCACAAGAUUCCAGCGGCUGGUACCAGGGAGAGAAAAUUGCAAGGAUGAACAACUUAUUCCUCAGCUAGGAUAUGUAGCUAAUGGUGAUGGCGAGGUAGUUGAACAAGUCAUUGGGCAGCAAACUAACGAUCAGGAUGAGAGUAUCCUUGAUGGAAUGAUCAGAGAGCUACAGAGGGAACAAGAUCUGCGGCUAAUUAGUGAAGGAGAAACUCCUCCAAACCCUCCAGUCAAUAGAUCCCACUCUGUCAGCGCGGCUCUUCGAAGUCCAGCUUUGGACGUUUCAUCUCCACCAAACGUUGGUCUCCGGAGAAGUGGUCAGAUAGAAGGGGUCCGGCAAAUGCAUCACAAUGCUCCCCGAAGCCAAAUGGCGACAGAGAGAGAUCUCAUGGCGUGGAGCAGGAGAGUCGUGGUGAAUGAGCUUCCCCCGGGCAUCAGCAAGGUCCAGGAAGAAUGUCGAGCUGCCAAAGGCGAAAUAGAAAUUAGUUUAUACACUGUUGAAAAGAAGAGAAAGCCAUCACAUAUCUUACAACGGAACGACUACCAGACAGGCAGCGGGCGCGCUUUGAGAAGAAACCAACGCAAGCGCCAGCACGCCUACCAAACACGCUCCACCAUAGAGCACAGCCAGCAAGGGGCGAGUCAAAACCCACGGGCACGGGAAGAAUCAGAGAGCUCCUCCGAGGAAGAUGAGACUGCUGGGACAAGUGAUGCAUCUGUGGAUGAUCCUGUGGCAGCCUGGCAGAGCGAGAGCAGCUCCAGUGAUUCUUCAAGUGAAUAUUCUGACUGGACAGCAGAUGCUGGAAUUAAUCUCCAGCCUCCAAAGAGACAAACCAGGCAGGCGGCUCGCAAAAUCUUUAGUAGUUCUGAUGAUGAAAAUAUGAAGGGAACAAAAGGACUGGAGCCAAAACGAAGGAAACUCAAACAGCCUAGAAAAAAGAAACCAAGUGGACUGCUGUCGAUGGAGGGUGAACCCAGUGAAGAAUGGCUCGCCCCGCAGUGGAUCUUGGAUACUAUUCCCCGCCGCUCACCUUUCGUCCCGCAGAUGGGAGAUGAGAUCAUAUAUUUUAGGCAAGGCCAUGAAGCUUAUGUACGGGCAGUGAGGAAAGCAAAAAUUUACAGUAUUAACAUGCAAAAGCAACCUUGGAACAAAAUGGAACUCAGGGAACAAGAAUUUGUGAAGACUGUAGGAAUUAAGUAUGAAGUUGGGCCUCCUACGCUCUGCUGCUUGAAGCUUGCAUUCCUAGAUCCAAUCACAGGCAAAAUGACAGGAGAGUCAUUUUCCAUAAAGUACCAUGAUAUGCCAGAUGUUAUUGACUUCCUUGUGCUGCAUCAGUUUUAUAAUGAAGCCAAAGAAAGGAACUGGCAAAUAGGGGAUAGAUUUCGCAGUAUAAUAGACGAUGCUUGGUGGUUUGGAACUGUGGAGAGUCAGCAGCCUUUCCAGGCAGAAUAUCCCGAUAGUUCCUUCCAGUGCUACUCUGUUCACUGGGACAAUAAUGAGAGAGAGAGGAUGAGUCCAUGGGACAUGGAACCAAUUCCAGAAGGAACUGCGUAUCCGGAGGAGGUUGGUGCUGGAGUUCCUGUGACUCCAGAUGAGCUGACAGCUCUUCUCUACAAACCCCAGGAAGGAGAGUGGGGGGCCCAUUCCAGAGAUGAAGAAUGUGAAAGAGUAAUCCGAGGGAUCGAGCAGCUUCUUUCCCUUGACAUUUCGAAUCCCUUUGCUGUUCCGGUGGACCUUAGUGCCUAUCCCAUGUAUUGCACUGUUGUUGCUUAUCCAACUGACCUCACGACGAUCAGGAGGAGACUUGAAAACAGGUUUUAUAGGAGGAUCUCUGCUCUGAUGUGGGAGGUACGAUACAUUGAACAUAAUGCCAGGACUUUCAAUGAGCCAGACAGUCCUAUAGUCAAAGCAGCCAAAAUUGUAACAGAUGUCUUACUUCGCUUCAUCGGGGAUCAGAGUUGUACUGAUAUAUUAGAAGUAUAUAACAAGGUGAAAGCAGAAGACCUGAGCAGUACGGAGGAAGAAGAAGAGGUGGCAGAAGUAGACGUGGAUUCUGAUGCUCCGGGAACUUCCUCUGGAAAAAGACGAGUAAGACGACGGGUGAAAAGACAGCCCAUGAAAGCAAGUCCUGAUGCUUGGAAAGAGCAAUGCAAGCAAUUGUUAAACCUGAUUUAUGAAAGAGAGGACUCGGAGCCUUUUAGACAGCCGGUUGAUCUCUUCUCCUAUCCUGAUUAUCGAGAUAUUGUAGACACUCCUAUGGACUUCAGCACUGUGAAAGAAACCUUGGAAGCGGGAAACUACACCAGUCCCUUGGAAUUCUAUAAAGAUAUUCGUUUAAUAUUCUGCAACUCUAAAGCUUACACUCCUAAUAAAAAGUCUCGAAUUUACAGCAUGACGCUUCGACUAUCUGCCUUAUUUGAAAAUCAUAUGAAAGAUAUCAUCUCUGAGUACAAGUCAGCAAUGCAAUGUCAGAAGAGGAGAAGGCCACGGUACCGAAAACGGCUAAGAAGCAGUAGCAGUUCCCCCUCAACUAGCAGAGCAUCUAGCCCAAAAGGGAAGCAAAAGCAAAUGAAGGUUCAACCUAAACCCAACCAGAAUACCUCACUGCCUUUGACUAGGACGAGUUCUUCAGUUUCAUCUCACGUUUCAGAUACAGCAGAAGAACCUCUGGGUUCAGCCACUGGUGAAGAGAUGGAGGGCCAGCCAUCUUCCUCAGGCUCAAAUGCACAGAACCGAAGUGGAAAUACCAUUGAUCCAGGGAAAAGUAGACUGAUCCGGAGUAAAUCUACACCAGUGAAACAAGAUCGCUCUCCUGACGGACCGCUUACAAAUGGUGAUGGCAGAGAACCUCGGACAGGAGUCAAGAGGAAGUUAAUGAGUGCAUCAGAAGAUGAGCACCUGGAGGAGGCGGAGGAAGAGGAAAAGAAGAGGGAAUUAAAGGAAAAAUCUGGUUUGUCUUCAUCUGAAAGUGGGGAAUUGGGAUCCAGUUCAAGUUCUGAAAGCAGGAGUGGCUCUGAUUCAGACUCUGAGUCAACAUCUAGAACAGAUCAGGAUUACAUUGAUGGAGACCAUGACUACAGCAAAGUUGUGCAAUCCAAAAAACCCCGAAGAAAAAUCAAAAGGAAAAUCACUGGUGGGAAACGGAGUUGGCAGGGCAGAGGGACAGGGAGGAGAGGUAGAUGGGGAAGGUGGGGGAGAUGGAGCAGAGGGGGAAGAGGUGGUAGAGGCGGAAGAGGCUGUGGCAGAGGAAGAGGUGGCGGCAGGGGAGGAAGAAGAGGCCGAGGAGGCCGAGGAGCCUCACGAGGAGCCACCAGAGCAAAGCGCGCUCGAAUUACAGAUGAUGAAUUUGAAAAUCUGUUUGGAGGACAAUUUGGUGAGAACAUGUUUGGAGGGCGGUUCAGCAGACCCCCUCGAAUCAAAACAAGGAACGAGGGCAGGAGAACUGUCUUGUAUAACGACGAUUCUGAUAAUGACAAUUUUGUGCACACUGAGGAUCCUUUGAACCUUGGUACUUCCAGGUCAGGCAGGGUGCGGAAAAUGACAGAAAAAGCCAGGGUCAGCCAUCUCAUGGGAUGGAAUUAUUGACAGAUGAAAAACUUUGUAACAAUUUUAAAAGAACUUCUAUGGCCUUCUACUGCAGGGAUUUUACCAGAAAAUCUACCAAGCAAGUUGUGCGGGGACUCCACUCACGUUUCACAGUGGUGCUUUUCCAUUAUGUCAGUUUGUGUUUGUUCCAAAACUUCAGAUCGCCACACUUCAUUGGUCAAAAGAAGCCUUAUUCAUUAGGCCUUAAAUUGCAGAAAUUCUUCCCCACACACUACGAGUUCAUCACAUGAAAGAGGCUUCCAGCUUCUCAAUAAGAACAUGACAUUUUGAGUCACGCUUACAACUUCUCUCCCUUGUUUUGUUGUUGUAUUAUAGAAAUAGCACCUUCUUACAGAGUUUUUAUGUGGUUUCUGCCAUAAAUCCUUAUACACAGUAAUAAUUAUAACUUUUGCACAAUACACCAAUCCUAAAGGCAGCUAUAAAAUGUUUACAGUUUCUAUAUUGUAAGAAGGAUCUGGAUAAUUUUAAUCUUCCCAGGCCAAACGUUCAUGAAUUGUGCUGAACUGAAGUAUGUCUAUACUACAGUUACGGGGGUCCUGAUGUGCUUUCUAUCGGUUCUUUAUUCAUGUAAAAAGUGACAAAGGGUUGGUGCCUUGUAAAUAUGUAGCAAACCUUUGAUGUGGUGUGUCCUAUGUGUGCAUUAACUUUAUUAAAAAGAGAAUACUUGAGAAGUAUGAAUAUCUAGACAAAAAGGUGCCAAAUGCAAAAGUUAUGUGCAUCUAUUUUCUUUUUGUCCUCUCAUAUUUUUAUAGUAUUAAUAGAGAUUGUGCAGCUAAGGGGUGACUUCAACAUUUGAAAGGUUCCUCCUCUUCAAAGCAUAGCGUGAUUUUUAAUAGUAGCUCAGCUACCUCUAUUUACAACUACUGGAAACUGAAAAGAAAAUAGAUGCUGUUAUUCAGUACAUGUUGAAGAAGAGGCAAGAGGGAAUUGCUGGGGGAGUUGUAGAGUGACUGUAUCUGUGUUGUAUUGACACGAUGAAAACGAAUCUCAGUCAUUCUCAGAGUUUUCAGCCGUGUGACAUUUUCAGCAAAUGGUGGUUCGUUUGUGCAGAUAGGCCGGCUGCCUCCCACUCAUUCCUGCUGCCACUUGCUCAGUGUAAAUCGGUGUGGGGUUUAAUUUGCCCUGCGAAGGUAACGAGGGAGCGGAAGGUUAGCUCUGGUACCGCUGGUGGCUGGCACUUCAGAUCCGCUCCUGCUCACGUCCUCCAGACAGACUCCUGUAUCUCAAGCUUCCAGAAGAGAAUUCGUGUUGCACUGUACUCUUGUAAUCCUGAAAGAUGCUAACUUGAAACCAGAAACCGUGCUGGUAGGAAUAGUGCAGGGUGUGAUGACAUUUGUAGUCUUGCUCCUCGGGGAAUAGAAACGGGUGCUUGGCGUGAGCUGAGCUGGAGAUGAGCAGCCUCUUCCUUUGUAGGGUCUGGCUGGAAUAGAGGUGGGACUUCAGCUUUCCCCUGUUGUUAAAGUAAAUCUGAUGUUUCUAGCUUGGUUAGGAGAGUGAGUUCGUUUACACAGAGAGAACCAACGGAAAGAGAGAUUGGGAAGUUCUGGGGGAGUUCUUAAAGUUUUUAUUUCAAAGAAAACGUUCAUCCAAUAUCUUUUAAGUUCUUCUGUGCACAGCUUGGUCAAUACUUCUGGAAAACCUCAGGCAGCAAAGAGCGACCCGUGUAUAUUCUCAGACGCAGGAGGAGUUUAAUUUUUGACUUUCUAUAUUAAGCACUAGCUAUUUUAUCUCGCUUUCCAAAAAUUCUACUUAGAUGCAAAAUGACUUGAAAAUAUGCAGAGGUUUUAGUUUUGUGAGGGAGGAGAGUAUAUCCUAAAUUGCUCAGAGCAUUAAUAGGAGUUUGUAGUACAGGACAAAUAUCACACUUUUAAUUGCUUAAGGAAUGUUUUGAGUUGGCCGUAAUCCAUUUCUAGACUUGGUUCAGUCGUGUUUUGGUGGGGGAAGAAAAGGUGCAGAGGCUCUCCUAGGUCUGUAUUGGGCUUUAAAAUAUAACAUGUGUCCUAUCAUCUCUGUCAUAUCUAUGUAUAUAUAUACUCGCAUAUAUAUUUAUAAGAAAUGUAUUAUUUGUUUGACUGAUGGAUCCUUCUCCAUAUGGUAACCAGGAAUAGCAUGUAUGCAUCCAUUCAUAGCCAGAAUCAGACCCCGUGUAGAUCAGUCCCGUUGACCUAACGCAAACACUAUGGUUUCUGUUCGAAAGCCUGAAAACCUUGAAACGCAAAAGAAAUGCUUUUCAUAUAUUUCUGACUGGCCGAAGACCCACUUACUUAUUUAUUUUGUGUAGGGGUUGGGGAGAGAUAAAACAUGUGGAUUCCAGAGAAAUCAUUUUAUAAGUUUGUGUAUUUUAGCAGCAAUUAGAAUAAUAUUAAAUAUGUUCUUAAAUGUAUCUUUUCUAUGUAAUGGAGUACUGUGAAGAUAAAGGUGAGGCAUCACUUUACUGUGGCGUAAGUAUUAAUCAAACACGUUACAUGAUUAAGAGCUCGGCAGCAGGGUGUGCUAGAACAAUAGAAGUAUUGCUUCUUGUAAAAAAUAGCUUUUUUUUCUGUGCAUGAGAACCUUUUUAUAAGCAUGAAAGAAAUGACUUGUUUUCAGAGUUGUUAUUUUUACUUGGUUUUAUAUCUGGAUUCUUUCUCUGAGUUUGGCAGUUGUUUUCUCAUAGCCUUGCUCGGUGGAAUAAUUAUAAUUUUGUGGUAACUUGGACGCUCAAAAUCCAGGUCCUGUUAGGAGCCGCUUAUGGUUGCAGAAAACUUAGUGUCAGCCCAGGAGGUGAAAUGGUUUAAACCGUGUACCAUCUUGCGCCCUGAUCCCAACCCUGGCUGCGUGGCCUGCGCCUCAUGGAGGUGCCGCGCCGCACCGCCCGGCGUGGGAUGCACGGUCAGGAUCGUAGGCUCUCUCCUUGCACUUUUAACAAAAACCUCCCAAACUCUGCCCAAGAAGAAAGGGGUUUGAAGGUCUGAUUAUGUAUCCGAUUCCUGACGGCUGUCUGGGUGUGUGGGCAGCCCAGGGGUUCCUCCGCGCCUGUAGGAUUCAUUCUCGCGCACCAGUGCUUUGAGGUUUUCUCCGGUGCAAUCUUGCGUGAUCCCUCUCCGGAGUUGCAGGGGGACUUGAGGGAAUUUGGAGACACCUGGAAAGCAGGGCUUUACUGGCAGCUGAGGGUCAGCCCCAUGCUCCAUCCUCUGCAGAGACGGGGCUGCGAGUCUGGCGUGCGUCUCUGCGCUCAGAUUUCUCCUGGCUCCAGCUCUGCUGUCUCUCUGAUGCUCCUGUUUCUCUCCUGAUCGGGGCAGAUGCCGAAGCUGUUGUUGCAGUAGUGAUGUGCUGUUGUCUCAGUUCAGCCCGAACUUUGUCUGCUUUUUAUUUUCUUUCCUCACCUUUUGUUUUUCUCUUUGCUGUGCUCCACCUCGCUUCUUGCCUUAGGUUUUUUAGGAUAUUCUUUUGGAAACUAACAAUAUCUUGGUGGGUUUUAUUUUGGCUAGAUUGCAAGAUUUCACUCUUCCUAUGCUCCUUUCCCCCCAGGACUUUCCGUAUCUUUUAUAUCUGCCUUACGUUGCUUGCUGGCAACAUUCCCAAAUUGUCGGAGGUGGAUGUAAUGAAAAUGGAAAGCUUGAGGGGUGGUUCCUGGGCUGCUCUGCACCUUCGUGUACAGCCAUGCCCCGAGCGGGAGCGCUGCCGGUUCGGAUGGGGCAGCCUGUGUCUUCCCUGGUGCUGAUGCCGGUGGUUGUGAGGACUGCCCUGUUGUGCUGCCAUACACACAAACCACCACAUAGUUCCUCCCAAUAUCCCUUAGCACCUGGCUCCCCGCCUGCAGAAUCCCUCUUUUUGUCCUUGCUCUAUGAAUUGUCAUUAAUGUAACCCCUGCAGAAGUCGCGCGCUUCCAGCCUCAGGAGAUAGCUCUGUUCUGAAUAACCCACUGAGCUUUUAGGUUUGUGCUUGGACUUCGAUGGCUCUGGGCAGCUUUAUCGCUCCUCUCUACCUUCUUAUCACUCCGUUCUCCAUAAACCAAGCAGAGGCCACCCCUUUCUCCCAGUCACCCCACCCUGCAGGUAAACAAGCUAAAUACAAUCAUGAAGAAAUAAUUUGUGGAUGAUUUCAGCUGCUUAAAAUUUUGCAUCCUGUUGUUUAUUUUCAUUUUCCCCUGAACGUUUUCCCAAAUGUCCCCCUCGGCUGCUUCUCCUGCACGGCAGCAGGAAGGCUGUGUAGUUCCUAAAGCACGGGCGCCGCGUGCAGAGAAAAGGAGGGUUUCAAGUAAUUUAAAGGAUGUGGAAAGACCGACUGCAUUGUGUUGCUUUAGACAAAGUUUGGGGGCUCUCUUGCCUGCAAAAAGCAAGGUGAGCCUUAGCCAACCCAUG